UAUAAACCCUUUGCAGCCUGGUGUGCACGUGGCUGACGCUGCAGGUCCAACCCUCUUCGGGGUCUCUUUUGUUGCACCAUCAAACAUAAGCACCUUUGGAGAUCCCGAGGGGCUCAGAUAGAGAAACAGCUUUCAUCAUCUUGUGCAACACACAGAUCAGAUCAGUGCUCAGCAGCUGCAGCAGAAGCCAUGUCGAGGUCUUUCUACGUCGAUUCUUUAAUAAUCAAGGACACGGUGCGACCCGGACCGGUGGAGCAUCAUGCACCGGGACCAGACUUCCUCAUCCCCAUCAGCAUGCACCAUCCUCCGGGCGUGAUGACUCCGGUGUGUCCGUCCAGGAAGACCGGGACUUUCUGCGUGUGUCCGCUGUGCGUCUCGUCCCACAUCCCCACCAUGCUGAAGAGCCAGUUUCAUCCAGCCGCCGAGGCGCAGUACUGUCAGAGGAUCACCGCGCAUCAUCACCACCAGUCACCUGUACACACACCUGUCUCCGUCUGCACGCCCACCUUCAGCGUCACAGAUCCCAGGAGGUACCACUGCCUCUCCAUCGGUGCCUCUGAGAGCAGCCACAUACAGAAUGGCAAGAGGAUGCGCACGGCGUUCACCAGCACGCAACUCCUGGAACUUGAACGGGAGUUUUCCACGAACAUGUACCUCUCGAGACUCAGAAGAAUCGAAAUCGCCACGUAUCUGAACCUGUCGGAGAAGCAGGUGAAGAUCUGGUUCCAGAACCGCCGGGUGAAGCACAAGAAGGAGGGCAAAGCCACCCAGAGGAGUGCGCACAGCGGGUGCAAGUGCACGACCGGCCACACGGACUACUCGAGGUCAGAGGACGAGGAGUCUCUGUCUCCGGCCUCUGCGUCGGAGGAGAAAGAGGUGUCACCCAUCUGACACCCAUCUGACACCCAUCUCACUCCUUUAUCACCCUGCUGCAGUUAUUCUGGGUCACUAACGCGACCUCUCUGGGCCAAAACUCUCCUGCAUGAAGUCUGAGAAGAAGUGUUGAAAAUUCACUUCAUUAUCCUGCUUUUAAAUUAAAAAGGAAAAAGUGUGAAUAAAUGUUUUAACGCUGUCGUGAAAUAUUGGGAAACAUGACCUCCUGUGUGACCUCCUGUAACGACGAUGUAUAUUUCUCACCUUAACUCUCCCCAGUAAAUGUUUUAUCAACUACUCCUCAGGUGAGGUGAAUAGAGAGAUUAUAGGGAGGCCAAACCUGUGUGGAACCUGAACACACCUACUUGUAAACUAUGUAAAUGUGUAUUUAUUGUAAUAAACAA